CGAUCCCGGAAGUAAACAGCUCACGUGACGUUUUGUUGAUAGAAAUCUUGAAAAAACUCGGGUGGGAAUUGAUCGAUUUUAUUGAUGCUACCACUUACCAAGGUCUAAUGCAUGUGUGACUAGCCCUCUCACAGUGUCAUGGCAGAGGUGCUGGGACAGUGGUGUUUAUUUGGCCUUGGUGUCUUGUUGGCUUGGCUUGUUCUUUUCCAUCUGCUUGUCAACAUCUGGCUGUUGUGCGUGUUUACCAGCCUCCUGGUUGUACUUGGGGGCUGGUUGGGCUCACAGGCCAUCUUGGAAUCCAACAGUGUAAUUCACCUGGAGCGAUUUAUCACUCUGGGACAGAUUUCUUCCUCCAUGAAGGAUGAACAUGAUUUGGACCAAGAAAUCCACAAUUCAGUGAGAAAGAUUAUCAGGGAUUUUGUUUCCUCUUGGUACUCGGCUGUGUCCUCCGAAAGUGGCUUUGAAAAAGAAGUUCAAGAGGCCAUGAUUUCCAUGGGCAUGGAGUUAAAGAUGCGUGCAAAGCAAUUGGACAGAAAGAAACUAACCCAGAGGAUCUUGGAAAUGUUUGGCUGCCAUCUGCAGGACUACCUUCGAGCCAAGGAGCUUGUUGCCCAGCAGCAAAUGUCUCCAACUACAAAAGGGAAUAAUGAGAGGGGAAAGUUGUGGUUGGCAUAUUCCAGAGUUACUACACCUCACUGUGUUAUGACCAGUGAGACAGUGGAAGUCAAUUACACUAGAUCACUAGUGGACUUAUUGCUGCACGUUUUGGUUCCCGCGCCUCACUUAGAAACGGACACCGGGCGAUUUGUUGUGAGAGAGCUAAUCACCUGCAAUGUCCUACUCCCUCUUUUUGAUAAAAUAUCUGACCCUGAUUGGCUGAAUCUUUUCUUAAUAGACAUAAUUGACAGUUCUAAUAAAGCCGACGAACUGAGUGGAGAAGAUAUUCUGGAUUUGUCCUUACCACUUCCCCGUGCGGAACUGGACUUUAGUCUGGCCCAAGAGACCACAUUCAAGCACCAAAACAAUGCUGACGCCCCUCAUCCAACAGCUCAAAUAGAAAGAGACAAUUAUGUUGAGAUGGUCACUCCUCAACACUCAACGCAGGAUGUGGAACAUUCAGAGGUUGACUGUCAACAGAAUAAUAUCGAAGAAGAAACCCUGAAAAAUUCUGUACGUGGAAUCACCUCGAAUCCGUUUUACCAAGAAAAUGAUUCUGACUUGGACUCUCCAUUAGCGGACAACAGAGGGAGUUCCGUUGACUCUCUGGUCAUGAUAGGACAAGAGGAUGAUUUGUAUGACCAACAGAAAGAAUUUGGAACUGAGAGCAGUAAUGGUAACGACUUGGAGGGUCUUUGCCCUGAUCAACUAGAUGCCUUCUGUCCUAGAGUCUUAGUACAUUCAGAGACAUAUGAGCCUACAAAUGGCUCACUGGAAAGAACAACAAGGAACAUUCCCAUCAGGAGCCAGCAGAACUUGGAGAGUGAUGUCAGCUUCUCUUCAACAAACCAAGCAAGGGGGCUUCCUUUGGUUGUUGAACCCAUCGGGAAUGCAAAUGAUUUGACUGUCAUGAGCCCAUUGCAUGGUUCUUCCCCAUUGCCUUCAUUCAGUUUUGAGCCACUAAGUAGCCCCGAUGGACCAAUCAUUAUCCAAAACCUUCGUAUCACCGGCACUAUUACAGCUAAGGAACACCGAGGCACCGGCUCACACCCUUACACUCUUUACACAAUCAAGUAUGAGACCGCAAUGAGUUGUGAGAACCCUGGGCGUAUUCAUCCAAACUCAGAGGAUGGGGACACAUUGCACUCAGGUUUUGAAAGUCCAUCUUCUGUUCAACCAGUUGCCUAUCACAUGGUCAACAGACGUUACAGUGAAUUUCUUAACCUACAAGCACGUGUGGAAGAAAGAACUGAACUAAAGAAACUCAUCAAAGGUGUCAAAGGUCCAAAGAAAAUAUUCCCAGACAUGCCCUUUGGAAACAUGGACAGUGAGAAGAUAGAGGCCAGAAAAGGAAUGCUUGAGACCUUUCUGAAGCAUCUUUGUGCUAUUCCUGAAAUAGCCAACAGUGAACAGAUGCAGGAGUUCCUGGCUCUAAAUACAGAUGCCCGGAUUGCCUUUGUCAAGAAACCUUUUAUAGUUUCACGCAUUGACAAGAUUGUGGUGAAUGCAAUUGUGGACACACUGAAGACAGCAUUUCCUCGUUCAGAGCCUCAGAGCCCAACUGAGGAAAAUGAAGGAGAGGUGGAUGGGGGAAAACCUAUUACUGACAAAAAGAGCAAAUCCCGUCUGAAAUUCUCCAGCAAAAACAUCCCAUUUUUGAAUGGCUCAGAUAUCGAACAACCUGUGUUGUUUAGCUUGGAGCAAACCCAUACUAUGUUUAAUGGAAUGUCUUUGGAGGAUCUGCAAAAUUUUAUAUACAAACAAGAGAAUCUGUCUAUCACUUUAACACCAAAUUGUGCGGAAGGUCCAACCAUGACACAAUACGGACAUUGCCAGCAAGACUGUACCAUUGGAAAAGAAAGUCAAGGAAAUGCUGGCACAGGUGCAGCUGAGAUGGAAUUGGCUGACGUAGCAUUGAACAUCCUGUGUCUGCUCAUGAGAGAACAGUGGAGCUGGCUGUGCACUGAGAACAUUCAAAGGACCAUCAGACUGCUAUUUGGAACCCUAAUUAACAGAUGGCUGGAUGUGAGUGUGGCCAAUCUGACCAGUACUAGAUACUGGGUCCAUUACCUUCAGGUCAUCCAGGAGUCUGUGUGGCCAGGAGGAGUUUUGCCUGCAUCGCCUCAAACAGAACGAAGUCGGCAGCAGAAGGACAACACCAAGAAACAAGCCUUGUAUUGUCUGAUGAGUCUAUUGCCAGACUUAAUCACAGACUUGCUCAACUCAGACAAGUACAAAUUCAGUUGGCAGACUGUUCUUGAUUCUUUCCAAGACCCCAACAUUAACAGACACUUGGUUUACUGCAUUUGUGACCUUCUAUUGGAGUUCCUGGUUCCUGAAUUACCUGAGAAAAGCUUUCAAAGGAGUUUACUACAGAGCCUCUCAAAAAACCCAGAAAAACUCUUAGCGUGAGGUAACAACCCAAGCGGAGCAUUACACAUGAUUGCCUCAACAAUGUUGACCCAAAUUUUUUUUUCAGUAUAAGAUGCACUCUGGAAAUUUGGUUGCGGCGCUGAAACCACUCAGUAAAAUCAUGUAGUUGUGACAUCAACAUAUUGUACUUAAAACUAAUGAUAAAAGACCCAUCGAAUUUAAACAGAAAGACAACACCAUGUAUGUCCUUUAUGUGAAAGACAGUUGCUCAAAGAACCUAAAGAUGCUAAAUAAAUUUAAGCCUCUAAUAAUGGAUUAACGCAGCCAUUGCUGUGACAAAUGACAACAGUUAUACAAAAACGCUGAUAGACUUGAACACAGGUAGAAAGAAGGUACCAAGAAAACAGUCACACAUUAAUUAGUUUUCUCCAUCUGAGACAGACAAACCCCAGACACAUUUUGUUAACAUGUCAUUAAUAUGUCAUUAACUUUUUUUUGCGGUUUAAGUCGAGGCCAAAGUCAGUAUUGCUUUAUAGAUAGCAGUGUUAUGUCAGGAGAACCCUGAAUCACCCUUUAACAUUUCCUGAUUGAAAUCCGUUAUCAUGUGAAGUAAAUGUAUAAUAAAUUAACCACAGAAUGUGGAUUGUUACUAUAAUACCAUAAAGCACCAAUUAAUAUGGAUUACAACCCGCACAAAUGGAAAACCAAGUACAAGUGUUAUCAGAAAGAUGAAGAAUGAUAACACACUGGUUGAACUAAAUCAAGCAUGAUGAUUGUUCAUUGUUUUUGUGUUAUGUUAUUUUUUUCUCUAUCUACUAUGGGUCAGUGACAAAGAUGAUAUGUGCCAGUAAUAUCCUCUCUCUGGUGAGGUACUUGUUUCCCCCUUAUAAAUGCUGUACAGGAUCUUAAUGAAGUAAAACAAAGUGCCCAUAUGUGACUAAUCAUAAAGUAGUAUGUUCAAUAAUAAUAAUAAUGAUGAUGAUAAUAAUAAUUAUAAUAAUAAGAAUAAUGUGUUAAUUAAUGUAAGAUUGGAAUAAAUGAAUGAUUGUCUCGCUAAAUAUAAACUAUAUAGUCAAGGAAAAUAUAUUUAUUAUAGCUUUGCUUUAGGUGCAAUGUUUUUGAAUGCCAAAAUACACUGUAUCGUACGUCAUUCUAAGAUAUACAGUAUCUAAACCACAAUAUUGCAACAUUUAAUGGAAAGUUGCACUCAGUCUACAUCCCAACAAAGAUAUGUACUAGUCACACUGGUCUUAAUUUAUUGAUUUUCAACUUUCAUUCACACCAUUUUGAGCACUUUAAUAUCAUCACUUAUGUGGGUGACAUGCCAACUAUUUGCUAAUAUGUUGCUUGCAGCUCAUGUUUUUCUGUCUGGUAAAAUUGUGUAAAUGUAUGUUUUGCUUGCUGUGUAUUGCUUUAAAAUAAAUGCUUGUUUCUGAGCAUAUUUAAUUAUAAAAAAGAAAUAAAGUUAUAUAAAUGGCUUAUUGAUUCAUCAUAUGUGCUCUGAGUUCGACACCAUAUCACUGCUCAUGUCCAAAAACAGUGUUGAUAUCUCACGCGGUAAUUUCGCCCUCUUCCUUGAAAUAAUAAAAGUCGCUGCUUUAUUUUGCAACAAUGAAAAAUAAAUGCAUUUUUGCUUGGGACUUUGUUUCCUGGCCGCGGCAAGGUCUGUCUUUUGCGCAACACGAUGGCAAUAGAUAAUUGUGAAAACUGCUAUUGAGCUUUCCCUCCACUCCCACCCUGGUCCACGGGAAAAUUUUCAUUAAUUUGUAACCCGUCCACAAUGAUAAAAAGGCUAGGGACCACUGCACUAUGUGACUGGGGUCCCCAAAACUUUUUCUCUGGCAGCCACAUUAUUGCUCCGUUUGUGAUGGAGGGCGGGAGUUGUGUAGGCUGUACGGUAUAGAAUUGUAUGACGCAAACCAAAAUGAGCACAGCACCAGCAGGCCUCAUUGUGUAGUAGAAUUAUCCUAGCACAGCAAUCCACAAUACUCUAUGAACCCCUAAUUCCAUAAUUCUGGAGGUAGUGGCACCAGAGGCAUUCAUGGUAACACUGUAAGUUACGACGACGAUUGCCUCAUAGGGCCAGUUCAAGAGUUGAGGGGCAAGGGGUGCCGGUCAGAGUCAUGGUGGUCAGCCUGGGGGCCAAGUUUAAAAUACACUACUAUAAGACUUAAAAUAUAUAGUCAAUGACUUUUUCACAUGACUUACUGAGAUGGCUUUGGCUGAAAGCCAAGGUCGAUUCCAUCAUCUCCAAAAAGGAUUCUAAAUCCCUAUAUGGUCCUAUUGUCUCCAAAAUUGUGGUACGCUGUAAAUCUGGUGCCAAAGAGCAAGUAUGGUGACGAGAAAAUGAAUUUGUGUGAUCCGUUAGUGCUGAAUAAUGAAAAGAAGCAAAGCAACAUUUUGCACUUUAAUUUGAAUGAUUUAGCAGAUUCAUCACAUGUAGGGAUGCAGCUAUCGAAUAUUUUAGUAAUCGAGUAAUCGACUGAAAAUUCUAUCGAUUAAUCGAGUAAUCGGAUAAAACAAAUAUAUUUUUAGGUGAAGAGCAAUUAUAC